AGAUACUGCUCCACAAUGACAGAGUCUCAGAAGUGUAAGUUCUUCCCUCAAGAACCAUACUAUAUUCCUGGGUAUGCAGGGUUCUACCCUCAGAUCCGCUUUCAUGUUGGACAGACGUAUGGCAGAACCACCUCCCAACUUCUGACAGACCCUACGAUUCAAAAAAGUCCUUGCUCAGUGCUUGCACCUCUGAUCAAGCCUAAAUUCAUUGAGGAUUUCAGCCAGAGGAGAAGCCCUGCACCGGAGAUGAUGGAUCAGUACCAAAAUUACAUCCCUGGAUACACAGGUGCUAUUCCUUAUCAAGGUCACUUUCCUGUUUCAGACAUGGAACCUAGGCCCCCUGUUCCGAGGACUGGGCCUCCACCUACUCCCCAGCCAUGGCCCAAUGCCAAUUUGACACAGCUGGUUGAACAGAGAAAAUACUCUCCAUGCCACCCUGGCAUCAGAUUGUCAUGCGGACCAGGAUGGAGGCAAUUCACAGCCUCUGCUGGCACGCAGCUGGUAUCAGAACAGGGCGACCGGAAAAUGAUUUGCCACCCCGAUAUUCCACUGGUGUGUGGGCAGCAGGAGACACAGGGGCCCUGCCAUGCAGACAUUUCGUUAUCAUGUGGGCAGGGCUGGAGGAGUGCCCCUUUUCUCACCGGCACUGAUCAGCCAACCAGGAUCGAAGCAGUGCCUCUCCCACGGGCAACAGACACAGUGGAUGUGAGCCGAUUCGGACGGACCCCCAGGCUAGAUUUGCCCAACCUCAUCCAGCGUAAAGCCAUCUCAGGGUACACGGGCUUCAUCCCCCGCUUCACCUGGAUCAUGGGAGUCAACUACCGGAAGGGAGUCACAGAUGCUAUGAAUGAAUUUGACUGCAAUCAGGAAAAGAUGAGAAGCCCGCUGUACAGCUUUGGCAGGCGAUUUCCCCGCACCUACUGGCCCAAUACCAAGAUAUACAACAGCCGAGGCCUGAUCCCAUACUACACUGGGUUUGUGCCAACCAUCAGGCACAACUACGCUCUAACCUUUGGAAACAGCACCCGGAAAGCUUACUAUGAUGAACUACUGCGGAGACAACAAGCGGUGUGA